GUCCAACAUAGAGCUUUUAGAAUCUAGGGAACAUAAUUGCGCAUCUACAGCAAACCUUCCAAAUAUCGCCAUGCCGCCGACCAUCGUGCUCAUCCGCCAUGCCCAGGCGCUGCACAAUGUUGAUGAGGACUGGAACAUUCAUGACCCUGAUCUAUCUUCUCUUGGCUUAAGCCAAUGUCAGGAACUAAAGGAAAAUCUCUCUCAGCGUUUCGCCGAUGAGACUGAUGCAAUCAUUAUCGUUAGCCCCAUGAGACGCACAAUCCAGACAGCCCUUCUCUCCUUAGAUUGGCUGAUCAAGAAAGGGGUACCAAUCCAAGCCGACGCUCGAUGGCAAGAAAACUCUGCGAAGCCAUGCGACACAGGCAGCACUAUCGCAGAUUUGAAGGUCGAAUUUCCUGGUGUUGACUUUUCUACUGUAGAUCCCAUCUACCCCAACAAAACACCCCCUGCUGGUGCCCAGUAUGCUUUCAACAGAGAAGCCAUACUCGGCCGAGGUCAAUCGGGCCUCCAGAGCAUUUUUGAACGCAAGGAGAAACUUGUCUUUGUUGUCUCCCACUCUGGGUUCCUUCGCGCCGGCGUGACGGGUUAUUGGUUCUUCAACGCCGACUAUAGGGUUUUCAAGUUUGAAAGGGGCGGAGCGCCAGGGGAGCCUUUCCAGCUUCAACAAGCUGAUUCAACCCUAAGUGGCGGUCUCGGCAAGUCGAGGACGGAACCCGUAGUCAUCGGCUCGGAAUUGGCGCCAGCCUCGGAGACUACCCCAUUAGUCUAGCAUUUGAAGCACGAGAAGUCAAAUGGCGAUUGUAGCCUCUGCCAAAAGAUCCGAGUAAAUGGAGCACUCCAGGUGUGCAUCGCAGCGGUCUCUAUCACACGGCACGAACAGGAGAGCUGGGGCUCUUCGCGGGUUGACACCGUCAUGGAUCAGAGCGGACACUAUUCAUGCCUGAGGUGACCAUAGGCGCUGGGAUAUUGGUAUAAUAACAACCAUAUCCAAGCUUAAUUGG